AUGAACGCUAACAGUGAAGACAUUCCAAAAAGGACAAAGGACUUCAGAUCUUAUCUGUCAGACUCCACCUCAAACAAGCUUAUGCACGCUCCGAGUGACAGUCGCUCAGUUGCACAGGACACUCGCAGGGGUAAAGCUGACUUCUGACAGAAGAGAUUCAAAAUGAAUGAUUCGUACUACGACUACUACAUUGAAACAGUGGAGCCGUGUGAGGAGCAGGGAUACCGCAACGUCCAGCGCUUUCUCCACAUCUACGUGCACUCCAUUAUCUGCAUACUAGGCUUUGUUGGCAACACCCUGGUCAUCCUCACGUACGCCUUCUACAAGAGGACCAAGUCCAUGACAGAUGUUUAUCUGCUGAAUGUGGCCAUAGCAGACAUCCUGUUCGUGGUUGCACUGCCUCUGAUUAUCUUCAGUGAGCAGAACAACUGGGCAUUGGGAACAUGGUCCUGCAAGCUGCUGUGUGGCAUCUACAGCAUCAACCUGUACAGUGGUAUCCUCCUUCUGGCCUGCAUCAGCUUAGACCGCUACCUGGCCAUCGUGCAGGCCCGCAGGUCCUUCAGGCUGCGCUCCAGAACCCUCGUCUACAGUUAUCUGAUCUGUGGCGUGGUCUGGUUCAUGGCCAUGCUCUUGUCUUUGCCCACAUUCAUCUACUUUGAGCGCUACAAACCCAGUAACAGCCCAAGUGACUUAAGCGAAUACGACAAUGUCAACCAGACUCACAACCGUAAUAAUACAGAAGGGUCAGAGGACCAGGGAACCUUGCCCACACUACAAGAGGAAUACGUGUGCUACUGGCACUUUGAAGAGAAUGAUACUGCCCGGCAGAUGAAGACUCUGGUGCCCAGCACCCAGGUCGCAGUGGGCUUCUGCUUGCCUCUGCUGGUCAUGGCCUUCUGCUACUCACAAGUGGUCUUCACCCUGCUACGUGCCAAGAACUUCCAGAGGCACAAGGCUGUGCGUGUGGUGCUGACUGUGGUGCUGGUCUUCAUUGCCUGCCACCUGCCCUACAACGUAGCGCUGCUCUGUGACAUCGUCACCAUGUUCUUCCUAAAGGAGUGCAAUGAGUAUGAGCGCCUGCGCCUGGCGCUGAUCCUCACCAAGAGCCUGGCCUACCUGCACUGCUGCCUCAACCCCCUGCUCUACGCCUUUAUUGGAGUCAACUUCAGGAACCACUUCCGCAAGAUCGUGGAAGAUGCCUGGUGCCUGGGGAAGCGGUACAUUGGGGCCAGGCGCUCCUCUCGGAGCACUUUAGAAGCGUACCUGUCGUCCAGGAGGUCUGUGGACAGUGCCGCCUGCGACAAUGCCACCUCCUUUACCAUGUGAACAGAAAACCAGCUGGCCAUGUCUGCCUUCUUGGCUGACAUUCGAAGUUGAAAUAUACUGUAUUAAAAGACUUUUCAAGGCCAUGGCACACUGACCCAACAUUCUUCAACAAACACCAUUGUUCUACUUUUACUAUUCCAGAAUAAGAGCUGACAGACCAGUCAGAAUGACGGGAGAUCAUGGUUAAACAGAGUGAGUUGGGGGGUGAAUAUUCUAGAACAGAGUGAAGGAGGGGGUGAACUUUCUAGACAGUGUGAACAACAUUACAGGGCGACUGAAUGAGAGGUGAAUGUUGUAGAACACUGUGAAAGGGGAGAACAUUCCAUAAUGGUAAAUCAGAGGAGGAACAUUCUAAAACUGUGAAUGAGAGAACAUUCUAGAACAGUGAAUCGGGGCAGAAAAUUAUAGAACAAUGUGAAUGAGAGUUGAAUGCUGUAGAACAGUGUAAAUGGAAAGAGAACAUUGUAGAACAGUGUGCAUGAGGGGAGAACAUUCUAGAACAGAAGUGAAUAGGGGAGAAUAUUGUAGAACAGUGUGAAAGGGGGAAGAACGUUGUAGAACAGUGUGAAUGAGAGUUAAACGCUGUAGAACAGUGCAAAGGGAAAGAGAACAUUGUAGAACAGUUUGAAAGGGCGAGAACAUUCUAGAACAGUGAAUUGGGGGAGAAUAUUGUAGAACAGUGUGAAUGAGAGUUAAAUGCUGUAGAACAGUGUGAAUAAGAGUUGAAUGUUGUAGAAUACUGCAUAUGGAAAGAGAACAUUGUAGAACAGUGUGAAUCAGAGGAGAAUAUUUUUAAAUGGUACGCAUAGAAGGAUAAUAUUCUAGAGCAUUAUGAGUUGGGGAGAAUAUUGUAGAACAGUGUGAACAAGGGUUGAACGUUGUAGAGCAACGUGAAUUCUAGAACAGUGUGAAUCGGGGCGAACAUUGCAGAAUAGUGUUAAUGGGAGGGGAACAUUCUAGAACAGCAUGAAUAGGGGAGAACAUUACCAACCCAGUGUUUGUUGGAGAAUGUCGAGUCGUGCGCUCUGGAUCUGAAACUUCAGUGCACAAAAGAAGAAUUUCUGCAUAAAACGUUUGUCUUUGUAAGCAUGAAACCAACUGCCACAGAAUGUUUUCUUAAGACUUUAAUGCUCUUAAAAUCUAAUUUUUCUUUUUUUUUUUGUAUUUGUUUAUAAGGUUUUUAAUUGAAGAUGCAGCUUUCUGUAUGUCAUACUACUCAUGCUUGAACUUAUGCAACUG